AUGGUUAUUAAGAAAAUUAAUUGGCCUAAAAAUCGCAUACAACAUUAUAAUCAUUAUCAACAGCAACAUGAACAACAGCCACUAACAGAACAACAACAGCAACAAGAACAGCAGCAACAACAUCAUUAUAGCUCAAUUAAUCCUAACUCUUCCACAGAACAAUUUGCUGUAAUUGAUGAAAAUGAACGACAUGGACGUACUUUCACUUUUAUAACCGAUUUAAUUAACAGCUUUACACAACCGACAUGCAUUUAUCCCUGCACUCUGGAUGCCUAUCAACAGCGACGUUGUUGUGAAACUGUUGUCGUUGUACCACAGCCACCACCCAAUGUCUGUUGCCAACCACCAUUAGCACCUCGACCACCGCCAACAGUUGUCAUACGACCACCUAUACCUAUACGUCCUCCAUCGGUGUUGCCACCACCACCACCACUACAACCAUUUCCAUCGCCAACAUUUCCAUUAAUACCAACACAAUGCUGUACCACGUGUCCAACGUAUGGUUAUUAUGGUCCACCACCUUGCAUACGUUAUACAAUACCUGCUGGUGGCCCAGGACGUGUAUCCUUGUAUAUGGGUUAA